AAUAAUUUCUUUUUAAAUAUAAUUAAAGAAAGAGAAAGUCUUUGCAUCAAAACACAACAAGAUGAUGAAAUGUGUAUAUAUGAUCGGGAUCGAGAUGCAGAAAACGUUUUAGCAGAGGAAUAUAAUUUCUGUAAAAUAUGAUAAAUAUUAUGUAAAAACCAUUAAUAUUGACAUAUAUAGAAAAGAUGGAAACAUCAAUGCAACCUGUGAAGGAAUACUUCACGGUAUCGGUGGAUGUUGCAAGAGGAGUGACUUUUGUCAGUGGAACAACUUUUGGCAAACAGUUUCUUCUUGAGAACCUCAGUAGAAUGGCCAAAACAAACAUUUUUUCUGCCUUCCUUGCAUUUUGCCGAGAGAAAAUGAUAGAUUCAAAGAGAGUUGACAUCGAGGAAAGUCUUUCCAAUUCAAAUUCUAAGUCACCAAAAACCAUGAAGGUUUUGUAUCCAGAAGAAACAGCUUUUGGAUCAACUUCAGAAAUUUCAUUGAGGGAAACAUCAGGUAAAAAGGCAACUAAGAGUGGCAAUGAGACUCACCAACACGAUGACUCAUCUGACUUGGACAAUGAUGUAGAGAGCAAUGUAACCAAUGCAGAUAUUGUGAGCAAUGGUUGGUCAUUGCAAAAAGAGAGACAACCAAUUUGUACACAAGAACUUGAGGACAGUGAUCAACUAACAAAAGAUGUGAAGCCUGAAGUGGAUUCUGAGAUGGAUAUCACAGAGUGUGGAAACAUUGCAGGGAAUGGAGAAAUCCCAGCAGGCCAGAAGGACCACAGCAGGAAUGAAAAAGAAACGAGUACCAAUAAGGGUGUUGUAAAUGAUCAGCACCAAGAAACCAAGAACAGUUUAUCCAUGGAAACUGUAGGCAGCAAUAGCACUGAGAUCAUUGAUUCCAUUGUCAUCAAGCAGAAGCCUGAUUGGGAUGACCAGGAAGAGGGAGUGGGGGUAAACGAUGAAGACAUGCCUGACUCACUGCAAGAAAAUGAAGAGAACAAUGAGGAUGGCUUGAACAGUGCAGAUGAAGAGGAGAUUGAUGAAAACAAUGAGAUCCUGAACGAGAGUGACGAAGAAAGAAAAGACACAGGUGAUAUAAGCCAGGCUGGAGUUUACACUGUAGGAAAUAAUAUGUAUCUAUUGCCAAAACAUGAUACCUUGAUUUCCUUAAACAGCAAAGGAAGCAAAAUUUUGAAUGCGAAGACAACAGGAGGAGAGGAGACACAGGCUGUAAAGCACCAAUCGCAAGAAGUAAGAAAAAAGGAUGAAGACACAGGGCUGGACAACAGUGCUGGGAAGAAGAUUCCAAAUUAUCAGCUCCAGUUCAGACAUCCAAAAACUGGGAAAUUUUGUAGUUAUAAGCAGCUGAAAAGAAUAGAAAAUGUUAGAAAUUCUUUGAACAAAAGGCAAAAGCAAAGUCAAGAAAAUGAGAAGAAUUUAGGUAGUGGUGAUUGUGUGAAAGAGAGAAACCAAGAUGAAGAAGAGGAAGGAGACAGGAAUAGAGUCCAGACAGUUUACUACGUCCAUAAGGUUUGUACAGAAUGGAAAUGUCACUGUGGCCAGACAUUCUCAAGUCUGCCAGAAUUUGCAGAACAUGACAAAGAAUAUCACAACACUAAGCUGAAGCUGUGUGAAUAUUGUGGACAAUUUAUGAAACGAGCGAAAUACAGGUACCAUGUGAAAAGCCAUUUACCGGUCGUCAAGAAUUAUCAGUGCAGUCUGUGUGAGAAGAAAUAUGUCAAUCGUCUGUGCUUGAAAAAGCACAUGGAGUUUACUCAUGACGGAAAGAGGUUGAUCUGUGAUGAAUGCGGAAAAGAGUUCAAAGGCUGGGCGUCUCUUUACAGGCACCAGCUAACUCACCAGAAUAUCUUGAACCACCUGUGUACAUUCUGUGGUAAAAAGUUUGUGACAAAUUACGGCAUGAUGUCACACAUGCGAGUGCAUACUGGAGAAAAACCUUUUUCCUGUGAGUACUGUGGGUUGAAGUUUAAUCACAACAUUAGCAGACGCAAUCACAUUAAAAAGGCCCACCCUGGAUGUGAAAUUCAUGACUCUGGAAGGAGUGCUUCUCAUCAGGACCUUGAUGCUGUCUGACUUAAAAGGACACAAUGAGACUAUAUUUAUUCAUCUACAUGUGUGAUUCCAUGCAUAUUUAUAAAUAUUUAGGUGUGCUUUCACAAUCAUUUUUUUAUUUUGUUCAAAAUUUGCAUUGUUCAUUGCUUUUGGUCGUUGUGUUCCAUCUUCUCUCCAGUUUCUUUUGAAUUUGUGUUGAUAAUAGUUGGUUAUGAAGAGUUCCAAUUUGUACACAUUAUCUUCAUCAACUGAUCAGUUUUGUGUUAGAUUUGUUCAGUCAACAUUUUUAAAAACUGCAUAUAAUGCUGAAAUAUAGGUUGGAGAAUUGAAAAAUCAAAAGGUUGUCAAAAUGUCAUAUUUUCUAAUUUAAACAUUUAAAAAAAUCAGUGAGUAUGUAAACAUAAUGUAGCAUUCAUAUUGUUCAAAACACAGCAAUAUUUUUUUUCAUGAUGAUCUGAAACAAUAUGAUGUUGCGAAUGAAUACUCAAUCUUAUACAUGUAAAUAACAACUGAGGACAUGCUUUUGUUGAAUGUUUUCAAAGUUGUUGAAUAUUACAAAAUAAGAACUGUACAUCUAUCUAGAGUUUAAGUAUUUUAUGACCUGUUUUAAAUUUGGUGCAAAUGGUCAAGAUUGAUCUCAAAAUAUUGAGAAUCACAGAAUCAGUAGAAUGUGUUCCAAUAUUGUUGUUAUAGUUGUUUUUGUUUUGCAUAUAUGUUAUUUAAAAGGUUAACUUUAAAAAUUGUAAAAAUAAAUCAAUCAUGAUCGUA